AUGGCAAAUGGACCAGCCUUAUCCACUGCUAAAGGUGGGGAAAUUUACCUAGGGAGUGAAAUCGAUAAUUCCCUCUCACUUUUGGAUGUUCUUUAUGCAAAUCAGUUUGAAAGAGUGUCUUUGGGUGCAAAACUUUCUGAGCAGACUGAGGAAAACUUUUACAGAGGGGCCCCACCUGAAUGGCUGAACUUUCACAUUAGUGAACAGGCAGAGUCAGAUGGCCUUGGAACUCCUUUUAUUAAACGAGAUGGAUACGAUACACUUGUACAACAAAUUCGUCAAAGAAGAAAACUCCCUGGAAUAUCAACGGUUAAACUGUUCCACCAGUCAGGAUGUGGGGGAACCACUCUGGCCAUGCAGGUGUUGUGGGACUUGCGGAAAACGUUCAGGUGUGCUGUUUUAACAGGCUCAACCUUAGACAUCACAAAUGUUGCAAAGGAGGUGGUUCACCUUUUCACAGCAGGCAGUCGAGGUCACCAGAACACGGUGCUGCUGUUACUGAAUGAUGAGCAGAUUCUGAAAAAACUGCAAGAUAGCAUUAUGAAGACGAUUGCUGAACAGAAUAUAGUUGUCUAUAUGCCUGUGGCAAUUUUGCUCAGCUGUGUGAGAAAAGAUGAAGUACAGCAGAGUGACCAUGUUGCCCUACAAAGAGAACUCUCUGACAAAGAGAGACAACAAUUCAAUGAGAAAGAGAAAGAGCUCAGCAGACGAUACAGUGAUAAAUGCGCACAGUUCUAUGGCUUUAACAUAAUGAAAACUGAUUUCUCUCCAGCCUACAUCAAACAAGAAUGUACACUAUUCUCUAAAGUCCAAAGAACAAACAGACCAAAGAAGACUCAGCUUGCUGCCUUCCUGUCCCUGCUGAAUGCCUAUGUACCAGGUUCAUAUCUCCUGGAGUCUCAGUGCCUGGACUUCUUAAAACAUGAUGACCAUGGAGACCUUUCAUUGGAGGACAGAAUGCAGCCCUUUAGUCAUCUCAUCAUCACCUUCCAACAAGACAAACCAUCUGAAAGAAGAGUCCGCAUGGCUCACUCAAUGAUAGCAAAGCAAUGUACUGAACUGAUGGCUGAGGCAGGUGUGAACAGAAGUGACACAGCAAGAAACCUUUUGACGUGUUUGUGCAGAGACGAGGUUCCCACAUGUUUGCGUGGCUUUGUCAAAGACAUGUUAACCAAAAGGGAAAUGAAAAAAGAAGAGAACCCACACAGUGUGACAGAGAUUAAAGACGAGCAAGAAAGAUUUUCUAGACUGAUUCUAGAUAUUCAGAAAAGGGAGAGCGAUGUCGAGAGUGCAUCAGUUUUAAAAGUGGCGUCAGAAAAAAUGGAUGAAAAUCCAUUUUUUCCACAAGCACUUGCUCGUGUUUAUUACAUAGAACUAAAAGACUACAACAAGGCAGAAAUGUGGGCAAAAGAGGCAAAAAAAAGAGAUCCCCAGAGUUCAUUUGUUGCUGAUACACUGGGUCAAGUCCAUAAGAACCAUCUGAACUAUCUUAAGAGCAAAGAGUUACAUGCCAAACCAAGAGAGAUCUUGCAACUGGCCACAAAGGCCAUUGAAGCUUUCAAACAUGAAGAACAACUUGCUGAAAAUGAACGUGAGUCAGACAUGAAAGGGGAUGGCACGACUAAAGUCUCACAUGUUUUUAACAGCAGAGGGCAGUUUGGUUACGUGCAGGUUUGCAACCUUCUGUUUGACCUUCUUGUUCAUCAGAAUGAAACCUGGAGAAAUGUUCUCACAAAGAACGUGUCCAUGAACUCUGUCCUGAAAUCACUUGGAGACAACAAACUCUACAGGUUUAAUGAUCUGAUAAACAGCCUCAGAGAUGAGGUGGAAAGAAAAUGCGCAUUUUUUGAUAAAUACCUGACUUACUCAAAGCCUGACAUGACGAAAGAUGAUGCUUCAUACAUUGCUAGAGAUACCUCAGACUGCUACAGAAAAUAUGUCGGAGACUCCCCACCCAACCAUGUGACAGAAGAAUGUGCUCCUUACAUCCAGAAACUAAAACAAAGCCUGGCUGAGACCUCUGUUGGAAUACUCUCCUACCUUGACAGAGAAUACACUGAAGCAGAGCUUAAAGAAAUAACUACAUGGUGGAAAGAAAUCUACUCAAGCAAAGAUUCCUUAACAGCUCUGGCCAACUACAUUCUUGCUCAUAUAAUGUUAUUAAAUAAAGGAGUAGAUCUUCCCCUUAAACACAAUAGUUUAACUGCAUUAAGACAUAAAAUGCCCCUGAACCCAAAAGAAGCACCUGAGCUCCACAUGUUAGCCCUCCUCUUAUACUGGCCUACAAACAGUGAAGACAAAUGUGUCUUCAACCUCACUGAAUUGGUCCAGCACAUGCGUUGCUCUUAUGAACAUUCCUAUAAGAAAUACUUUCGCUCAAGGUACCUUCGCCCUCUGUUUUUCAUUGGAAAAGGUCAAGGUCUGAACAGAAUUGUUCACAGAAAAGUCCUUGAAGGAUGGGCAAAUAAGGAAGCAAUAAAAGACAAGAGCAACUGGAGCGAUGAGAAGAUUUUCCAAGAUCCGGUGAUUCAAGAACAUCUUCUCAGAGUUGAAGGGGUGGUACGAAACUACAGCCUGUAUGCAACUGUUGGAGGCACACAGAUUGAAGUGGAUGCAAACCUGCGAAACAGCCUCUGGAAGCCACGACAAGUUUCCUUUUACCUUGGAUUCACCAUCAGAGGACCUGUAGCCUUUAGCAUCCAGACCAAAACUACAGAAAAGGUAGAAAUCUCAGAGAUGGAUGUCUCAAAACCUGGAGAAAUAAAACCCAAACUGUCUGCCUGCCCAGAUACCACUAAAGGGUCCUCUGGGAUGUUGAUGCCUUCUGGAAAUGAUGGCAGUGCAAUGAAACAGGACUCCACUUAGACCGGAAGUCAAUGAAGGAUGAGGAUCAUACCUAUAGGUCAGCAUUUUGUGGAUCGCCAUCGCACAGUUCUAAUUAAUGGAGUACGUGACACAAGAGCCAUCCUGGACAAGCUCAUGGAUGAGGGAU